GAGCAAGAGCGCGAGCCGCGAUGGAGUUAGAAUCGCCACGAUCCGAACAUCCUCUCUCGCGCUCUCCUUCUGCGCCUCGUCCUUGCCGGCGGAGGUGCUCGCGUCUUUCAAGGUGCCUCAACCGGCGGCGACGGUGGUGGGCGGCGGCGCUGCCCUCCUCCGCCAUGGACGAGGCGCGGGCGCCAUGCUCGCGUGCUGCCUGAUUCAUUCGCACGGAGGUACGUGCGGCGCUACCCUCCGUCGCCACGGACGAGGAGGGCAGGGCGCAGUGGGGAGGGGGGAAGGUGGGGAGGGGAGGGCGCAGUGGGGAGGGGGGAAGGUGGGGAGGGGAGGGCGCAGUGGGGAGGGGGGAAGGUGGGGAGGGGAGGGCGCAGUGGGGAGGGGGAAGGUGGGGAGGGGAGGGCGCAGUGGGGAGGGAGGAAGGUGGGGAGGGGAGGGCGCAGUGGGGAGGGGGAAGGUGGGGAGGGGAGGGCGCAGUGGGGAGGGGAGGGCGCAGUGGGGAGGGGGGAAGGUGGGGAGGGCGCAGUGGGGAGGGCAGGGCGCGGUGGGGAGGGAGGAAGGUGGGGAGGGGAGGGCGCAGUGGGGAGGGGGGAAGGUGGGGAGGGGAGGGCGCAGUGGGGAGGGAGGAAGGUGGGGUGGGGAGGGCGCAGUGGGGAGGGAGGAAGGUGGGGUGAGGAGGGCGCAGUGGGGAGGGGGGAAGGUGGGGAGGGGAGGGCGCAGUGGGGAGGGAGGAAGGUGGGGUGGGGAGGGCGCAGUGGGGAGGGAGGAAGGUGGGGUGAGGAGGGCGCAGUGGGGAGGGAGGAAGGUGGGGUGGGGAGGGCGCAGUGGGGAGGGAGGAAGGUGGGGUGGGGAGGGCGCAGUGGGGAGGAGGGAGGUGGGGAGGGGAGGGCGCAGUGGGGAGGGGGGAAGGUGGGGAGGGGAGGGCGCAGUGGGGAGGGGGCAAGGUGGGGAGGGCGCAGUGGGGAGGGGGAAGGUGGGGAGGGCGCAGUGGGGAGGGGGAAGGUGGGGAGGGCGCAGUGGGGAGGGGGGACUGUCGCGGCGCUGCCCUCCGCCGCGUCGGGCGAGCCGCCACCUUUGCUGCCCGCGUGAGAUGCAGGAGGUCCGACCCCAUCUUUCCGUCACCUUCUCCCCUUCCUGCCCACCUCACCCUCUCUUCCCGCCUCUCUCCUGCCCACUUUCCCCCGCCUGCCUCCCCCUCUCUAUCCACCCUACCGGCCACCCUUCAGCUCCUCUGUCCCCCCAUUGCCCGACCCCCUCUGCCGCUCGCCAGAGUGGCAGCAGCAUGCACAAGGGUGACAGCAGCAAGCAGAAGGUGCAAUGUGCCAUGGCGUUUGUACAAGCAGGGCUGACCCCCCCGGUUGACCUGCAGGCUCGGCUGAGAGUAGAGGAGCAAGGAGGGGAGCGAGGAGGGAGCGAAGAGGGGGAGGAGGGGGGCGCGAACAGGGAGAGCGUUGGGGAGGAGGAGAGCAGAGAGGAAGAAAGUAGAGAGGAGGGAGAGGAUGGUGGUGAGGAGGGAGAGAAGGAAGAGGAGCAACAAGGUGGGGAGGUGGGGGACAUGAGAAUGGUGGAGAGCUGGGAGUUGCUGGGCGAACUGAAUUUUCUCUAUGGGGCUGGGAGCGACUCCUCCCUCCCGGGGGUUGCUGGUGGGCAGGGAAUUGAGGUCACCCCAAUUUUCUUCUCUCUACAAGCCAGACAAUUAACUGUGAAAGUGUUGUACUCAUCUCUUGUCCCACCUGCAUGUUAUUGCCCAUGUGCUCCUACCACACCAUCUCUCAAUACUCUUCGCUCGUCUCAUCGCCCCUCACUUCUCUUUAACCUCCUCUCCCUCACCCCCAUCCUCCCUCGAACGUCUUCCAUCGUCCCUCACUCUCCUGGUUUUCUCACUCAACCUCCCUCACUCAUCCGUACUCUCCCUCACUCAUCCGUACUCUCCCUCACUCACCCCUCGCUCACCCCCAUCCUCACAUUGCAGGCUGACGAGGCAGUGGAAGCUGCGAGAGAAACAGUAUAG